UAUAUAUACACAUAUAUAUAUAACGACAAAGUAUAACACGUACACGUGCGCGUGUACGCAGAACAACAUUCCUAUUGUUUGUGUGUAUGUUUGCAUGUUUAUAGGUGUAAAUAGAGAAAUUGUAUAGAUUUCGAAAAUGGACAGCUAGAAAAGUGGAAGUAAAAGUUACAACUGUUAGACAGGGACACAUGAACACAUAUUUAACGACUUGCAUACACGUAACUAAGAAAUAUAUAUUGUGCAUGUGCGUGUAGCGUUGUAUGAGGAUAACCGUUGGUAUGUAUGUUUGAGUUGUCUGUUGUCCUGGUCGUUAACUUCCUCAACGGAUAGCAAUACAAAACAAGCAAGAACUAGUAAUAGAUCCCAGCCAUCUCUAUCUCUUAUUAUAGGCUCCUAUCUGUCACUCCCUCAUCUGUUUGUCUGUCUAUCUUUUAUUGUAUCAAUAGUCUUAUACACACACACACACACGCACACACACAAAGAUAAACGGGGAUUGUUGGUAUUGAACCCCAGGCAGGUCAGUUGACCUGAACGAACAAGCAGUGUGCCAUUGGAAGGAGGUUUGUGUGACCCAUGUAAGCAGCUCCCUCGUUGGCUUGAAAACAAGUGGGGUUUUAACGGACGUGUUAAAAACACUUAACCAGCAACAGAAGAACAUUUACCAUUUACAAACGACAAUAAGUAGCAGCAGCAAGGAGACCGGGCAGUUGUUAGUGCCAAGUCUUAUUGGUGGUGGUGGUUCAUGUUUUUGAAGAGAAACACUUACUUGGUAACAAUAACAACUCUACAGAUCGAUGUAACCAUGCAGUUGGAGGGGUAUACCAAUGUCGUCUUUCCAAAAUGAUUGGAGACGACAACGAAUUGGAUGUCAGAGAGCAAGUUUUUCACAAUGCCAUUCGCGAACAUGUCAUAUUUCUGCUGCUGUCAGUUCUAUUGAUACUACUGUCCUAUGUUGGGAUCCAGCUGAUCAGGAAAAAACCUGACACUGAUGAGUGCUAUACCGGUGAUGAAGAUCUUUAUGUUUACAAGAUCUCACUUUUGCUGUGCACCCUUACCUUAGCCAUAUCCUUUGGUGCUGUCUUGUUGCUACCCAUUUCUAUAGUCAGUAACGAAGUCCUGUUACUCUAUCCCGACAGUUACUACGUGAAGUGGCUCAACAGUUCUUUAAUUCACGAACUAUGGAACUUAAUUUUCUUUCUCUCCAACCUGGCGCUCUUCAUGUUGAUGCCAUUCUCCUACUUCUUCACAGAGUCGGAAGGGUUUUCUGGCUCAAGGAGGGGAAUCAUGGGCCGAGUCUACGAGACUGCAGUAGUGCUGAUCAUUUUAGGAAUCCUGGUGUUUGGUAUAGCCUGGGUGGCCUCUGCUCUCAUAGAUGGAGAUAAGAGCAGUCGACAGACCCUGUUUGAAUUAAGGAAACCAAGUUAUGUGUGGUAUAUCUACCUACCAUAUCUCUACUCAUGCAUAUCUUUCCUGGGAGUAUUGGCACUGCUGUUGUGCACUCCUGUCGGAUUUGCUCGGAUGUUCACUGUUAUGGGACAGCUAGUUGUGAAACCACAGUUCCUCCAUGAUAUCGACUCAGAUCUGUUCCAGGCAUCACUCACUGAAGAAGACCUACUCCGCAAGAUAAAACAUUCCAAGUGUGGUCCUUCCAAGAUAGCAAAUGGGACAGCAGGCACUGACUUUUCCCAAAGACUUGAAGAAGUUCGAAAGUUGAAACAAGAACUUGAAAAACGAAAACAGGUUUCUUCAUUGCGAAGAAAUCUAGGUUAUCCACUUGUCAUUCUGAUAUUGCUAGCCCUGACAGCUAUCUGUGUCCUAAUGGUGUCUCACAAUAUGUUUCAACUGCUGAUUGGUAUAAAAGCUUUACCCUUUGGGACCAAAAAACUUGCUCUCGGCAUAACCUCCUUGUCUGCUCUUGGACCUGUUGGGGCUGUUUUGGAAAUCAUCCUUAUCCUUUACUUAAUGUGUGCUUCCCUGGUGGGUUUCUACAGUCUUCCUGUGUUUUGUCACCUCACUCCUCGAAUUGAUGACACCACAAUGAUUCUCAUCAUAGCCAACUGUAUUGUCAUCCUUGUACUCAGCUCUGCCUUGCCUGUAUUACUAAAGACAUUAGGCAUCACAAACUUUGAUCUUCUCGGCAACUUUGGCAGCAUGGAAUGGCUGGGCAACUUCUACAUCAUCCUCACCUACAACAUUGUGUUCGCUGUAGCAACAGCGCUAUGCCUUGUCAACAAAUUCACCGCAACCAUACGUCAAGAGAUCUACGUCCGCCUGAAGAUGGUGUUCAAGCGAGAGAGACGCUCUUAUUCCUCACAACAGAUAUUGAAUGGUUCUCUGAUGGGGAAAGAAGAUUAGUGAAGUUCAUUCCCUUCUUCUCUGUACCCAUGGAAAUAGGGAAGUGGGGGCGAGGGUGGGGUGGUGGUUCUACUUUAUCUUUUAUUUAAUUUUUUUUUUCCCCCAUUUUAUUAAGAAAGUUCAUGAAGAAAAACAGAAAUCCCAAACUGAAAUAUGGACAGGAGUGAAUCCUUUCUGCUGAUAACCUCAUUAUUCUUCAUUUCUCUGAUAUUCCCUGUCUAAUCAUUUUUAUGGCAACCAUCUAACAGUUUUUUGUAUAUAUUUUUAUUGUUAUUUUUUUAUGAGAAUUUUUGUAAUAUUUGCUGCCUAAAUGAUGUAAUUUAAGAAACAAAGUUUGUCUAUA